AUGGCCAAUGUUGAUACUUCACUACCCCCAGAGCCUACUGGAGCUGCCGCCGACUUCGCUGCUAAGCACUCAGAAGAGCACCCACUGAAGCUCUACGGCGGCUGGUUCUGUCCUUUUGUUCAACGAAGUUGGAUCACUAUUCACGAGAAAAAGAUUCCUCAUCAAUAUGUCGAGAUUAACCCGUACAAGAAAGAGCCUCAUUUCUUGGCUCUGAACCCUCGCGGACUCGUGCCCACACUUGCAGUCCCCUUUGACGCACAAGGCAAAGAGCAGAAAGCUUUGUUCGAGAGCAACAUUAUCUGCGAGUAUUUGGAUGAAGCUUUCACUGACGAGUCCAAGUAUGGUUCUCGUCUGCUUCCCACAGAACCAUAUGAGAAGGCCCGGUGUCGUAUCUGGAUCGAUCAUAUCAGCACCCGCAUCAUUCCUGCCUGGUACAAGCUCAUGCAGCACACUCCAGAAAAAUCAUUCAGCCUUGAAGAUGCGAGAGAAGAACUCAGAGGUAAAAUCAAAUCCUUUGUGGAAGAGAUGGACCCUGAAGGUCCAUGGUUUCUUGGUUCGACUCUGAGUCUCGUGGAUAUUUGCUUCGCACCUUGGGCAAAACGCUUGUUCCUGAUUGAUCAUUACAAGGAAGGUGGGCACGGAAUUCCUACAACUGGUGAGGGUAAGGAUGGUGAUAUUUGGAAGAGGUGGAAGAAGUGGUAUGAUGCGAUUCUUGAUCGUGAUAGUGUGAACGAGACGUGGAGUGCUGAUGAGCGAUACAUCAUCGCGUAUAAGAGAUAUGCGGAGGACACUACCAACUCUGAGGUCGGUCAGGCAACACGAUCAGGCAAGCGGCUUCCCUAG